GUUUCGGCGGGUUUCGGCAGGCAGAACAAAAGGACAAACAUUAAGAUCAUCGCCAGCCGCGGUAAUUAUGAAGGCCUCGACCUUGCAGCUCGAUCUUGUACCGUAGAUAUCUGUUGACCUUCCAUUCCCGCCCCAUCCCUUUCCCGUUCCCCUCGCCGAGCACUGACCACUCUUCUGGCCCGAACUCUGCCGGAGCCCGAACUUGGGGCUCGAGCGCACCAACCGCACUCCACUAAAACUUGGGGCGUGCUCGAGUAAGUGGGUUUCAGAGAAAAAAUGCCGCCCUCGGGACGGUACUUCCCAGGAAUCAUCCCUCCUAUCCCUAAUCUGGCAACUAGAUGAGGGCAUUGCCACUCCCACUGGCUCUCCCUCCCGCUUCUCAAUUUCAAGACGGCUAGAACUGCUUGGACCCCUUGCUCGUGCUGCGGGGUUUCAGGAGUGCCGGCUGGUGUUGUUGCUUUACAUGCCAUGUGUGAUGGGGAACGCCUAUGGCUUAGGAUCUCUAGGAUCGAUAUGCGGCAAUGCGAAAAUCCGGGACAUGGAUGCAGUGUAUGCGAUAUGUACAGUGGCGGAGGCGAGGUGAAAAUUUGUAGGGGACCCUGUCGUUCUGUUAGGGCGUUUGAGGAGUCCUUGGGCGCUCAGUCUACCGGAUCUAGCAUCCUCAUUAUCUCUUCGUCAAAGAAGCCGCUUCAUCCCAAAGCAAUUCAAAGACAUUUCAGUGCCAUGUUUGGGGGUGUGCAGGGCAUCACGAUAAACCGCGACUUUCGCGUGCUUGAUGCUAAGAUUUCCCGUCUGGAUGCUUGGAUCGCGAAGCUUGAGGCCGCCGAAACGGAGCUGGUUAGGAAAGCGAGCCGCUCUAAGGGAAUGCCUGCUCAGCCGCUAUUGGCUCAACACAGUUUUGUGCUGUUGUGGAAGAGAUAUUUGCUCGAGAGUGACCGACCUACGAUAAGCCCAUCCACUUCUAGGUGGAAGCAACUUUUUGGACCUAGAGUUGACACCAUACAGUAUUGUCGUUCUAAGAUUGUUCAAUGCAGCCUUAAUACAGAGCGAGAUAGACUCCGGCUGUACUCGUUUCCGUCUCUAAACUCUACGUUUGUUUAUUUCAAUCAUCGACUCUCGGACCCACUAUCUGUUCUGAUUUUAGCUACUCAAAGCCUGUCUUUUUAGACGAUUAAGCAAGGGGCUACGCAUGAUGAUGUUAUAUAGACAAAUCUCCUGAUACGUCCGUGGGAAAGAUGUAUUCGGACAGUCACAGCCUAUUUUCUUUUUGCUAGGCUUAUACUUAGAUACGCCCUCCCUGUCACAAUCACUAGUGCUGUGUCUCAAAUCGCGUAUAUCGUUAGGAUAAUCCUAGAAUUAGCCUGGCUAGAGACGCUCCUAAGUUAGUUGGUACUUGCAAUUCAAGGUGUCCUCCC